AAAUAUUGGUGCAACAUCAGCCUUCGCUUUUGUAGAUCUUUUCUCGCUGGAACUCAAAGAGGAACUGACAAAGUAAUAAUAACACGGCAGGCCCCUGCAUUUACUAUCAUUGCACUUGAUUUGCAUAGGCAGUACAGCGCAGUGAGGAGCCUUGAGGCGAUCAGGUACAAGAAAUGCUACAACUUCGUGGAAGAUUCCCGGCAGGGAAAGACAGAAAUGAAGAAAAAAAUAAAACAAAACAUUACUAUGUUAAGCUGUCGAUCACCCACACCAGUAACGGGUUUCAACAAAGUGCAGUACGACAGUCCGGACUGGAGAAGAAAGCCUGAAAACUUAUCCAGAGGCUACAGGCUGGAUGCGAAAAAUGACCUAUUUUAUUAAACUAGACAGUUUCGGUUAGAUGAAAAUUUCUUGCAUCUGUUGCAGUUAAACGAGUUAUUUUAAUUACUCGUCUAGUUUGUAGAGCAGCUCAGCAUCCAUACUGACUCUGUUUCAAGAAGUAAAACAAUUAGCGGAAAGGUUGAUGUUUUCCGAUACGGGGACCUGUUUUCGCCCGACACCAAUCUCAAGUUUCAAUUAACUUUGCAUAGGCGUCCGAUUUUGUCAAAGUUAUCGUAAAUUCACCGCAAGACAGCCGUAACCUGGCAUCUCAUUUCCUUCUUCGGGUGUGCAGAAGAAGGAAGGCGAAAAACAAUCUCAUUCAACUUUUCCGCCGUGCCAGCAACGACGUUGUUGUUGUUGUUGUUGUCGUUGUCGUUGGUAUUGCAUGCGAAUCAGCAGCAUGCCAUGAUAUGACACCCCACAGGCACGGUUUGUGCGCUGAUUGUGGCCUGCAGGCAACCAACCAACCAACCGGCGUUCGGUUCUCGUAUGCAUGCAUCCGUGUGCAGGCAGAGUAGUGUGCGGUUGCGAUGCUGCGAAUGCAAAAUGUGACUCUUCGGUUGUGGCGGUUUGCCCCCAUUAGCUGCAAGUUCCUCUGCAGCUGACAGCCAGGCAGGCGAUAGUCAGGAAGGAAGGCCGGGUCCGAGACUCGCAUCGGCCAGAGAUUAGCAUUCGGCUGUAAACAGCACCAUGGAGACCGAUUACUUCUAGUGAUGUGCUGGGAAUGGUUUGUGUGUGAAAUGAAGAAAGUGACUAGCAAGUGCAUCUAGAAAAUUUACCAAACGAGCUUACAAUCGCAGAAGCAAACAAAAAUAAAAACAAUCAUAUUUCGAACUCAGUGAACCCUGUGUUUGUGGCAAUCAUCAAAGAAGUAAAAGCAAAACAAGAAAGAAAAAAAAAUAUCUUCGGACAUGUACACGAUGGAUGACAAAAACUCCUCCGGUAGCGGUGGUGGCACGAGUGGCAGUGGCUGCGGAGGCGAAACCAAGGUUAUCUACCACAUCGAUGAUGAAACGACACCGUACCUGGUGAAGAUUCCGCUGCCAUCGAGCCAGGUCACACUGAAGGACUUCAAGCUGGUGCUGAACAAGCAGAACAUCAACUACAAGUACUUCUUCAAAUCCAUGGAUGCCGAUUUCGGCGUGGUGAAGGAGGAAAUUGCCGACGACUCCACGAUACUGCCAUGCUUUAACGGUAAGGUGGUCUCCUGGCUGGUGACGGCCGACGGUUCCAACCAGUCCGACUGCUCGGAGAUGCAACCGACGGAGAUGAUCGACGGUAGACCGACGCUCGCCCAGUUGCGAACCAUGAACAAACCGAUGAACAACAUGAUGAACAUCCCGAUGAACCCGCUGACGUAUCAAUCGGCUUCGGUGGUGUCGAGCGAUCUGGACUCGACCAGUCUGUUCGAGACCGAGAGCGAAAUCACACUAGAUAGGGAUAUGACUGAGUGUAGUAGCGUGCAGCGGCUUCAGGUACGGAAAAAGCCGCAACGGCGCAAAAAGCGAGCCCCGUCGAUGUCACGAACCUCCUCCUACAGUUCCGUCACGGAUUCCACCAUGUCUCUCAACAUAAUCACAGUCCAGAUUAACAUGGAUACGGUGAACUUUCUCGGAAUUUCAAUUGUCGGGCAGUCGAAUCGAGGCGGCGAUGGUGGAAUCUACGUAGGAAGCAUUAUGAAGGGCGGUGCCGUCGCACUCGACGGUCGAAUCGAACCCGGUGAUAUGAUACUACAGGUGAAUGAUGUUAACUUUGAGAAUAUGACCAACGAUGAAGCGGUCCGGGUGCUUCGGGAAGUGGUCCAGAAGCCUGGUCCGAUCAAACUAGUUGUUGCCAAAUGUUGGGACCCGAAUCCCAAGGGAUACUUUACGAUUCCUCGCACCGAACCGGUUCGCCCGAUCGAUCCGGGUGCGUGGGUUGCCCACACGGCCGCCCUACGCUCACAGGACACUAUCAACACCGAUCUUCCCGAGUCCGUGCUAGAGCGGCUACAUGUCGAUAUGGACAUGAAAGAAAUCGUACGUGCAAUGACCAAACCCGACAGUGGUCUCGAGAUCCGAGAUCGGAUGUGGCUGAAAAUCACAAUUCCUAAUGCGUUCAUCGGUGCCGACGUUGUCAACUGGAUCCUGGACAACGUGGAUGGCAUCGGCGACCGGCGGGACGCACGCAAAUAUGUCUCGCUGAUGCUGAGGCGAGGUUACAUCAAACACACCGUCAACAAGUUGACGUUCUCCGAGCAGUGCUACUACGUCAUCGGCAACAGUAUACGGCAGGACAUCUCCAACAUGUCGCUGGACGAUACGGAGAGUAUGCUCAGCGAUAUCGCACCACUGCCCAAUCCACCGAUCUACAUGACCUACUCGGGCAACUACAACCCGUCGCACGGCUACCAACCGAUCCAGUACGGGUGCACCGGCGAACGGCAUCCGUCGUCCGGUUCGAGCAGUUCCGACAUCCUCACCAGCAAGGAUACGUCCGCGUCGCAGAGCGACAUUGCGGCCGUGAUCCAGCAGACCAACCAGAUGACGAUCGCCAACGCGUCGAACAAAUCAUCGGGAUCCUCGAACCGCGGUAAUGAGCAAGAUAUGUCAGAGUUUAAGCUCGGCGGUGCUGGCAGUGGUGGUAGCGGCGGUGGCGGCAGCGGUGGAUUAAUUCGGAACACCACUUCCGGUAAGCAACUUCUGCAGCAACAGCAGCUUCAACAACAGCAACAGCAACUCUAUCCGAACCUACAACAUCUGAACAGUGGCAGUGCCAACGACGACGAAGGAUACGAGGAUAGUUUGUACUUUCAGCCGACGCGAACCCUUCGGAAGGAUCAGAUGGCGGUGAUCUACCAGCACAACAGCAACAACAACAACAGCAUCAACAACAACAACAGUAAGUAAAAUGGGGAUGUCUAAACGUGGGAGGUUCCUUGAUGCCCGAUGUGUGAAUAACUGAGACUAGAGAAUCUAAGGUUUUUGUAUGCCAGUGCUAACUAAACGGGUGAGGUUAGGUUUUUUUUUGUUUUGGACAAGAGAAACAGACGCCUAGAAGGUUUCGAGCUCUGAUGCCUAUUGCAAAGCUAUAGAUUGUUAAGUUUUGUCCACGUUUCGAAAGAGUUUUCAAAAAGGUUCUACUUACAGUCUUAAGAAAAUAACCAUUGUAGAAAAAUGCAAAAACCGUUUUCUCCGCUACUACUUCAAGAGAAAAACAGCAGUUUACGUGUUGGUUUCAACAGGACAGUGCAACAUGCCAUACAGCUCGACUAACGAUCGAUUUUCUUUGACCAUUGUUUCCCGGACGAGUCAUAUCGAAAACCGACGAUUUUGACAGGCUCCUCACCGCCAUACCGACCGAAACAUUGGCCAAAACGAUGUGCCAUUUUGUACUCAAGGACAAAGGUGGCCAUUUAGGCGAUAUUAUUCUCAAAAAUUCCUUUUUAAAUGAGCCACCAUGUAUUUGCAUCUAACGCUAUGGACAUUGAUUAUGAAUGUACGAAGGAUGAUUUUUUCUUAGAAUCAAACAAAAUCAAACGUUUUGAACAAAAAUUAAGAUUCUUCAAACAAAGCUUAAUGCUUAGACAGUCGAGAACUUUCUAAUCCACUCGUUCAAGUUCGCAAUUAAAGACUCUCCCAGAAAGUAUGGACGCACUUUGAUUUCGCUGUAAAUAAUUGACAAGUAUAUUCAAAUUUUAUUCGAUAUACUGAUAAUAUUAGACUACAACAACAGAAUAUUAUUCUCAACAUUUGCUACUAAGCCAUUGUAGACUAGCUGGCGCACCUUCUUGCGAACGUUCCUCAUUAAAUUCCGUACAGACUUCUUGGCGACAAGUUUUGACACUUUUUUCCAAUCUUUUUCGAACUGUUGAAUGGGUUCGGCUGCCGAGACAUGUUUCCUAAAAUGUGCCUUCGUUAAUGCUCAAAAUUCCUCAAUUGGUCGAAGUUGUGGGCAAUUUGGUGGAUUCAUGUCUUUUAGGACGAAAGUAACAUCUUUGGUAGUAUACCAUUCUACCGUUGAUUUCGAGUAGUGGCAAGAAGCAAGAUCUGGCCAGAAGACAACAGGAUCCUUGUGGCUUCGAAUCAUGGGUAGAAGUCGUUUUUGUAAACAUUUCUUGAUGUAUAUUUCGCUGUUCAUUGAAGCAGUGGUGAUGAAGGGUUUCGAAAUCUUACCGCAGUUACAAAUUGCUUGCCAAACCAUAGCUUUCUUAACAAAUUUUUCGACUUCAAUCGAUGUCUCGGACUGGUUUAACACUUGCCCUUCUCGCAGCGUAUGAUAUUGUGGUCCCGGCAAGGAUUUGUAAUCGAGUUUCACGUAGGUUUCGUCGUCCAUGAUUAUGCAGUUCAAAUUUCCAGCAAGAAUCGUAUUGUACAGCUUUCGAACCCUCCGCCUGAUCGAUGCUUCUUGUUUCGGACUACGUUUUGGUUGUUUCUGCUUCUUAUAGGUUCUAAGAUUCAAACGUUGUUUAGCACGAAGAACAUUUGACUUCGAAGUGCCCACUUUCUUUUGCUUGAACGCCUUCAAUAUACGUUCAUUCAACUGAGACUUAGCAGGCCUUUUUUUCCACCCGUUUUCGAUUUAUCCUCAAAGGUGUUAUCCUCACCGAACUUCCUGAUUGCAUUUCGCACGGCUUUUUUACUUACUCCUUCCAUUUUUGCUAGCUUUCUCAGUGACAGUCCACGUUCUGUGCACCAUUUGUACACAAUUUUUCGACGUUGUUCUGCUGAAAGUCCACGCAUUUCGGAACAAACUAAUGAAAACGAAAAAAAACUGCACAAGUGGUUAGAGAAGAGUGUAAACAACAUGACGCUGCCAUAAAAAUUGACAGAUUCUGAACCAUUGCGAAAUGGCAGCGGUUUUUGGUUGCGUCCAUACUUUCUGGGAGUCUUUGGAAGGGCUGAUUUUGUGUAAUGUCCACUUUACGUUUUCUUUUUCUCCAAUGCAACGAACCAGCAGUUGGAUGACGCAAUCGCUUUUAUUUAAAGCGAAACUCACACUGUGAACGUUCAAUAGCAGAUAUGCUCACAGAAGAACUAGUUGUUGUUUGUCUGCGUUUAGGUUUGAGAAACGGAGCAUCAUAUUCGCCACUGACUGAAGCACCAGUUGAAUAAUGCCGGGUGUAGUUCCAAUAUUUUGACGUAGAUGGAGCCUUGCGCACUCGAUGUGUCUCCGUUCGUGGGUUAUCAUAGACUGCAGUCUAUUAGAUUUGGUUGAUUUUGAUGUUUCGUGUUUUGAUCUAUUUUUUCUUUAUUUAAACAAUGUUUUCCUAAUAAACGUGGUAUUAAAAACAAUCUUACACCUUCUUCCAUUCGCUUCGUGAAAGAAUUACAGAAAAUACUUAAACAGGGAAAAAUUUUUUAGGAAAACAAAUCUGGAGUAAUUUCGUUACACUUUCGUGUUGUGAAAUUUUGAAAAUGCACGCAGGUGAACAUAGUAAAGAAAGACGUAGUCCUACGUCAAAAAUAUGCUAAGUAGCUUCUUGAGACAAAGUCAGCAUGUUUAAAAAGUUUCAGUAAAACCUGAGAGGAUGCUGCCAAUAUUUGUUGGAGUUUGCGGGAGUGUGUCUUAAGAAAAGCCAACAGGCGUUGCUUCAAUGCUUCUACACUACAGAUGGCCUGCCACAUGAGAUGUUUUUAGCGAUAUUCGAUAGCCUAAUGUAAUUGAAAAUCUCGGGCACCUGUCAGCAUCCGCGAUUAUACCUUGAUCCACUUGUUUUGAUUAUCGACACGUUUUGAUCGUAUUGGUUCCAUAUCAGGUCCGGAUUCUGUCCAGAUUAUUCUGAUCAUACAGGAAAGUUACUUUGGUUACAUCGGUCACUUACAGUCACAAUAAAAAUUGGGCUGGGAUACCGUCCUUUCACACGAUGAUUUCGAUGAUUUGCCCGUUGUAGCUGGCUGGUACCGAUUGUGGCUCAUAUGUUUAGGAUAUUUUCUAUUUUCUACUGUCCAGUAUUGAUUAUUGAGUUUCGCCUCGGAUGUGCUCAGAGUUUCCUGGCAUCUUCACUCUUGGCAGGUUCCAUUACCUCUUCCACAGCUCCGCGAUCAACGCCAAUAAUAUCAAUAUCAUCCACUAAGCCAAAAGGCUUAUGAAGCGUAUUGAUGAUGGUUCUGUUUCUACUUUCACCCAAAAUAGCUGAUUUUUAUUGGCUUCAAAAGACUCAACCUAGUGAAAUUUAAAACUGAGAUAUGUAUAGAAACAGUAACAUUAAAGAGAUUCAAAGAAGUAUUCGGCUCCGGUGAACGACCAUUGCAGAGUUAAAGGCGAGUUUAAAGAAGGGAUUUAAUUAUAAAUUUUCGGGCCGAUUCAAUUUUCGGUAGCUUCUAGUAGGCACGAAUAGUGAAAACGAUUAUUUAGCUUUAGCAUAAAAUUGACGUUGAGCCAAACCAAAAAAAUAAAUUAAUAAAGCAAAUAAAAACAUUUGCGAUUGUGUGGCAAAAGCUGAAACGCUCUUCCCUUUGAGCAAUUUCGGAAUACUAAAAUUAGUAAAUAAUGUCAAGAAAAAAAUUCAAUUUUGAAUCAAAGAAAAACCGUCACAUCUUUACCUCCCCAAUUCAACAUUAUUUUGGCGUGAAACGCAAACAAACUCAAGACGUGACCCUUGGUUCCUCCACCAACAUGCUUUAAGAAAUAUCACACCAGUUUUAAGGCAGCAGCCCGUCAGGAUUUAGGCCAACGACACGACAGAAGCUACAAAAAUGUAGGUACGUACGAUGGUUUGGCUACCUCGUGCUGAGAACGCAGGUAGUGUCGGCAUUGCAAAAAAUGAAAAACUGUAGCAAACUGCGAAACAACUGAUGGCUCGCUUGGUGGGAGGGGGUAGAGCCCGGAACGGGAACUGAAAGCAUAAAUUUGAAACAAAGUAACAGAAACAAAUAGCAAUAGCAACAACAGCAGUAGCAGUGGAAACAAAUUUGUUCUACGGCCAAAAAGUUUUCUUGUCUACGACAGGCAGAUAGUGCCGUGUUGUUCACCGUGUUUUCCAACUAGUUAGUGCUUUUAGUUUUAUUUGUGUUCUUUUUCAAUGUUUCUUUUGAAAAGAAAAAAGCAAAUGCUUACCUAGGCAGUUGCUUGACGAAGGCGAAGAUGGUUCCUAUCAAAAUAGUUCAGUGUUUGAGGAAAAUUCUUUUCAAUGAUUAAGUUUUCGUUUGCUCGAAGAAAGUGGUGAUCUGCUUGUUGCCCAUAUGUCAGGGUUUUCGAAUGGAAACUCAUUAUGCGAAACUUUUUACUGAUAGUUGUUGUUCAUUUAAAAGAGUGAUAUCAUUAGUGCAAACGAUUAUUGGCCGUCAGUCUUAUGAAGUCUAUGUCGAAACUACGAUUCGAAAGUUCUGUGACUGCAGAGAAACGAGAUCCACGCCAAUGUGGUUGAAAGUUCCAGUAAUAUUCAACUAAUUCUUAGAAUUCUAUAAAAAAAACCAACACUUUCCAACAUCGGUGAAAUUUAAUUAAUCAAUCGUUUUAUAUGACACUAAGGAGUGUAUCGAAAAUAAGUUAUCCACAAAUUUUUCUUUCAAAUUAUGAUAACGAUAUUUUAUUCAAACUAAACAUUGAUCCUUUAUUGUACGAGGGUAAACUUGAGCAUAAAGAAAACCGGAUGAAAUUUAAGUUAUUCCUUCACGAAUUUUCGAACUUUUGAUCGAACGAUCUUAAUCAAGUUCCGGACAAGUGUUGAAUCGCAUUUUUUGGACGCUUGAGCCCAAAUUUUUUUGAACUCCUGCAUGUUCCCAGCUGCCUUACCAGUCUUGUUGAAGACCCUCUCCACGAUUCCCCAGUAACGUUCGAUGGGUCGAAGCUGAGGCCAAUUUGGUGGAUUGAUAUUUUUCUCAACGAAAUUUAUACCCUUUUGCGCAAGCAAAUAGAGAGUGGUUUUGGCAUAGUGAGCCGACGCUAAAUCCAGCCAAAACAGUGGAGGUGUACUACGCUUCUUAUAUAAAAGCAGUAAUCUCUUCUGGAGACACUCAGAUCGAUAGAUUUCUGCAUUUAUAGUUCCGGUAGUGUAAAAAAUGGUUGACUCUAAACUACAGGAACAUAUUGCUUACCAUACCUUUCGGUCGAAUUUCUCCACUUGAAUCGACCUGUCCGCAUCGCUCACAUCCUCCCCAACGACGACAGUAAAGUAUUGUGGACCUGGAAGCGUUUUUGAGUUCUCCUUUACAUAAGUCUCAUCGUCCUUCAAAACGCAUGCAUCCGAACACUGCAAAAGACGUUAAUACAAUUUCCGAUCCCUUGUUGCUGCUCGCUUCUUCUGUUCUACACUUUGUUUCGAGAUUUUCUGCUUCUUGUAGGUCUUCAGGUGAUUUCGCCUCUUGAUACGCUGGAUCAUUCCGACACUCGUUCAUGCUUUUUUGGUCAAAUCACGUAUUGACAUUGAUUUGUUCUUCAUGAUUAGAGAUACCACUUUCUGGUCCAGUUUCGGGUUGGAUGAACCGGGUUUUCUGCCUCUUCCUGGUAGCUCAUCCAGAGAAUAGUGUUCCCCAAACUUAUUAAUGAUGGUUUUAACACUGGCUUGAUAAAUUUCAAACCGUUUCGCCAAUUUUCUCAUGGUAGUACGCUUCUCACUGAGUCAUGUGUCCAGAACCUUAAUUUUCACUUCCUUUUCAAUACGCGACAUUUUGAAAACGCAGAAUUACAACCGCACAAACAAGUAAACAAACGAAAGUUGACAGCAAAACGCACAGCAUGCUGUGAUCUAAGCAUAAAAACCCUUAACAAAUACAUGCAUACAACACAAAUGUAUGUGGAUAGCUUAUUUUCGAUACACUCCUUAUUGAGUAGUCAAUUAUAUGGGUGUGCAGUGCUGCUAUUUUGGCGAGCACUAAUUUGACAUUUUUCUCCUCUACUUCUAUAUACUAGAUUUGCCAGGCCUGCAAAUAUGAAAAUUAUACAGUACGUCAGGGAACCUGUUUGAAAUCCAUAAUCUUUGAUAUAAAAACUAAGAAGUGGACGGAAUGGUUCUCAAUCUGGUUGUACAGUAUCAUGAUCUGCAGAAUUCUUUUAAAUUUUAAAAUUCUUUAUUGUUAACUGUUGUGAACUGUUGUUGUAGAUUUAGAAUGUUGAGUAAAUUUAAUUUUUUUUUGUCAUACACAUAUUUGGAAAUUGAAUGCAAAGUUAGAUCGCAGUUUUCUUUUAUUUUGACGUAGAUACGUCUUAGUGUAUUAUAGGACGACUUUACUAAAUUCGCUUGAUCAUACGCAAAUUUUCAAUUAUUAAAAUUGUCAGAAUUGAAGCCUGCACAGAACCAAAAAACUACCUAAUUGUGCGUAUUUGUACAUGCAAUUUCCGAGCUCCGUUCUACAAUCUACAAUCUUAGAAAAUCUGAAACUUUCACUUGAUGUAAAAUUAGAUAUGCCAUGUGUCAUUUUCGCUUGGGAAAACUGGAACUGACCCAGGGCAGUUUCAUCAAUCAAACAAUUUUUACGAAACUGUGUUUGUUUCACACUUAGCAACGGAGGUUUGAGCAAACCUGAUAUCAGGUGUACAACUUUGCUUUCGCCGUUUUUUCCCAAUCGGAUUCAGCAAUUUUCGAAUCCCGGCUUGAAAAAAGGAGUCCUCUUUUGACGCUAUCCAUUUUUCCAACUCUUUGACGGAUUGAAAAUGUUAAUCUGCCAGGCCGUGUGCCAUCGAAAGGAAUAGGUGGAAGUCAAAAGGGGCGACAUCUGGGAAAUACGGCGAAAUACGUUUCCAGGUACUUUUUGACCACUUUUGCGACGUGAGGCCGAGCAUUGGCGUGCUUGAGGAUGACUUUGUCAUGUCGCUCUUGAUAUUGUGGCCGCUUUUCUUCUAACGCGCGGCUAAGGCGCAUCAGUUGCGUUCGGUAGCGAUCUCCUGUAAUGGUUUCACCCGGUUUUAAGAGCUCGUAGUAAAUAGUUUUAUUUUUUUAUUUAAAAGAUGUUUUUAUUCAGGCCUAUUUGCGUACAAGCUUUACGUGGCCGAAUUAGCCGAUUUUUUAAAUAAACAAUUUUUCGAAGUGGAUCUCGUUGUCACUCUUUUUCUAGGAGGAGAGCUUCCAUUUCCCUCCUGCGAGGGUUGAGGGGCACUUUGUUCGUGGCUCGUCUCGUCCUCCAUUGCCGCAUCGGUGGUUUUGUUGUUGAUUUCCGUCUUCUUUUCGUUUUCCUUGUUGUUCGCAGUCUUGAGCUCGUUGCUAGUUGCUGUAGGAGCGCCUUGUUGUACAUUGGUUGCAGUUGUUAGUUGGAUUGAUGGUGAAACAG